UUUUAGCUUUCGAAACCCAAGAUGGCGGGUCAAGUAGGCGCCGCGCGGCUGUCUGGAGUUCUUGGUGGACUAGCUCUCAAUCGCCUUCAUCUUGCCACUAAUGAUGCUUGCUCCGCACUUGCUGGCGCUGCGUGGCGGCAGCUGUCCACUUCGGGGCAUGGCGAUCGAGAUAGCCCCAACAUUGACUUCGGUUUCCGCCAGGUGCCACGCGAAGCGAAGGAGGGCCUUGUCGGCCAGGUUUUCAGCAGUGUGGCGUCCUCCUACGAUAUCAUGAACGACCUCAUGAGCGGCGGCUUGCACCGCCUCUGGAAAGACAGGCUCGUGGAGUCUCUCCGGCCCUUCCCGGGCCAAGAGCACCUCGAUGUAGCUGGCGGCACCGGCGACGUAGCUUUCCGCGUGCUUCGCGCCGUACGGGCAGCGGAGGUGGAGGAGCGCAUGGCCGCAGCCAAGGCCGGCCGGACCAGCGGCACCGGCCGGCGAGCAGGCUGGGGACCGGGCCCCUCCUCCUCCUCCUCAGCCUCUCCGGCGACCCCUUCACCUAGCCCGGAAGCCGCCUCUGCUGCGGGUCCUGGGCCAGGUAGUGAUGCCAGCAGUAGCAGCAGCAGUGGAGUGGGGGCAGCGGCGGCUGCCGGGCGGAGUGCAGCGGGCAGCGGCAGCAGCGGCAGCAGUGGGCUGCUGAGCCCGGGGCGGGUGGUUGUGUGCGAUAUCAAUCCGGACAUGCUGCGGGUGGGGCAGCAGAAGGCGGCGGCAGCACACGACCUGGCAGGCGACUCGGGACUGUCCUUUGUCGAGGGCAACGCGGAGGCGCUUCCCUUCCCGGACGCCUCCUUCGACUCGUACACCAUUGCAUUCGGCAUCCGCAAUGUGACAGACCGUCCGGCGGCGCUGCGGGAGGCGCUGCGGGUGCUCAAGCCGGGGGGCAGGUUCCUGUGCAUGGAGUUCUCCCGUGUGACGCAGCCGGGUCUGCGCGAGGCGUACGAGCUCUACUCCUUCGCUGUGAUCCCCCGCCUGGGCGGUCUGGUGGCGCAGGACAGCAGCAGCUACCAGUACCUGGUGGAGAGCAUCAAGCAGUUCCCGGACCAGGAGACGUUUGCCCGCAUGGUCGAGGACGCGGGCUUCCGGGGGGUGACGUACGAGAACCUGACUGCGGGGGUGGUGGCCAUUCACUCGGGCUUCAAGCUGUGAACGGGAGUUGAUCUAAAACGCUGGGAAGGCCUCCAGCAGGAGGUGAAGGAGGAUGUAGGAAGGCAGGGGGUGGAGGAGUUUGGGAAGAGAGUUUUCCCGGGCAUGCCAUGGGGUAAUUGGCUCCGUUGGCUCUAUUGGCGUGUGCUGGCGCUGUAGCGGGGUUAUGUGUAAACGCAGCGGUGGGUACCGGCAGUGUUGACUUGCCAUGAAGCAGCCGUAUGCGGCUGUGUGGCUAAAAACGGGCAACGGAGGAUGGUUGUUGAAGUGUUGAACGUAUACUGCCUAACGGCUGGUGCGAGUGGGCUCGUUUUAUACCUCCCACAAGCUCAGACCGUGCAGUGCAGGUGAGAACCUUGUCCAGCAUGGGCGAAUAAACAUUGACAUUGUACGAUGGACCCGUGGGUCGUUGCUGCCAAACAUUGACAUCAAAGUACCGGUAUUCCCCUUUACAAGAUUGCAAGAAGAAGAAAG